AUGGAUGGUCUCUUAUGGAAUAUCAAAGCAACUAUACCACAAAAACGAAAAAUAGAUACGUCUGCAGAAGAAAUCAAUACCACUCGUGUAAAAGUUGGACAUAGCAAUGAAAAAGAAAAUACCUUUGUAGAUAAUGGAUAUCAAGCCAGCAUGAUGAACAGUGAAGAUAAUGAUAUCCCUGAAGAACACAACUCGAACCUGUCGCACGAAACUGACGACACGUAUAACACAGAACUAUCAAACGCUUAUGCCGAGAUAUAUAAAGUCAAAAAGUACGUUUUGACUUAUCAUGAACUGAAUAACGAAACCCAAGCAUUCAACGAACUUGGCUACGACGUUGACAGCGACUUCAUUGAAAGAUUACGAUUAUCAUCUAUAUGUUUGAAAUAUACUUUACCUGGUGGAAGCAAAAUUCAACCAGAAGAUUUAGACAUUGAAGAAGUUAAAAAUAUAAGAACGAACUCAACUAACCAAAUUCAACUUCACACACUCAUAUCUAAGUUAAAUGAUACAAUUAUACGUGGAAACGAAAACCUUAACAAGAACAUGCCUGAAUUGGAGCACAUUGUUGAAAAGAUAUCGGGACUAUUACAAUAUGUGUUUGAACCCAAAAGUUUGAUAUAUUUCAAAUGGGAAAAAUCUUCAUAUGCUGUAUUUGACAAUCGAUACAAAGAGCUCCGGUUGGAUUUCGUGUUAUUCAAUGAUAAUCAGGAGAUAGAUUGUGGUAAAAUAAAAAACGAUGGUACAGCUGAUAAAUUGUUGGGCGAAGAUAGAGCACGUAUUGCUGAAACUAUGAAACGACAACUGUAUAAAAGGAUGAUUACAAGUAGAGGACACAACGAAUUCAAAGCUUUCGGUAUUUUCUUCAAUGGUGUUCAAUUAGAGCUAUAUAUCAUGUCGUUUAACCCUCAAGCUGAUAUUUCUAAUGGCAAAUACUAUCACCUAUACCAAGUAGAUGAUUUAAAGGUACUUUGUUUUUGUAAUUCUUAUAACAACUUGGAAGAGACGCUUGAGUUCCUCAAGGCAUUUAAAAGUGUUAUAGUAAGUAGUUUGCCAGCAAAUCCCGCAAAUACACCACUACUAGAACACAACUACGCUGAUUUGUUUCAAUCUACGCUUAGAUUUACAAAAACAUAA